AUGGACGAUCUCGAACUCCUCGAUGAGCUUGGCAAGGGUGCAUAUGGAACUGUGAGAAAAGUGCGUCACACAAAGACGGGGGUCGAAAUGGCCAUGAAGGAGAUCCGCCUGGAGCUCGACGACGCCAAGCUCAAUGCUAUCAUCAUGGAACUUGACAUCCUCCAUCGAGCGACAGAACCCCAGAUCGUUGAGUUUUAUGGUGCUUUUUUUAUCGAAUCGUGCGUCUACUACUGCAUGGAGUUCAUGGACGCCGGCUCGUUGGAGAAUCUCUACGAUGGACGCUGUUCGGUGCCCGAGGACGUCUUGGCUCGCAUUGUCGGAAAGACGGUACGUGGACUUCGUUUCCUCAAGGACGAGCUGCAGAUCAUGCAUCGGGAUGUCAAACCCACCAAUAUCCUCAUCAAUCGAAGGGGAGAGGUCAAGCUCUGCGACUUCGGCGUCUCGGGUCAGUUGGAAAAGAGCUUGGCGAAAACCAAUAUUGGCUGUCAGAGCUACAUGGCUCCGGAAAGGAUCAAGGGCGAAUAUCAGAAUAUGCUAGGGACGUACACCGUUGCUUCCGACGUGUGGUCGCUCGGUUUGUCGAUUGUAGAGACCACGAUGGGAACUUACCCUUACCCGCCCGAGACGUAUUCGAAUGUCUUUGCCCAGCUACAAGCAAUCGUCCACGGAGAUCCACCCCAGCUACCGGAUAGCUACUCGGAAACGGCCAGGGAUUUCGUGGCAAGAUGCUUGGAGAAAGUUCCGAGCCGAAGAGCAACAUAUGCGCAAAUGCUGGAGCAUCCGUGGUUGUUGGGAGAUGAAGCAAGGGGUCUAGAUGGCGUCGACAUGAGGGGAUGGGUAAAACAGGCGCUAAUGCGCAAAGCAGCUCGAAAGGAAAGAGAACGAGAACAGCAAAACGACGCUGCCGCUUGA